GUGUGGUUCAUGCGUUACGGUAGCCGUUUGAAAUCGACCGUCGGAUACAAAGCAAAGUGAUUGUUGGAAAAUUCACUACAUUUCAUUAACUCACGAAAGAAAAAUAAAUAAUUAUGAAUUAAAUAUGCAUAAAUGGAGAAUAUGUGAUUGAAAAAAAUUGAAAAAUAAAAUCGUUUGUGUUUGGAGGAAAAUGUAAAGUGUUUCGGUGUGUGGCUUCAUUUCCUUUUGCGAAAAAGGUUCAGCCAUUAAAUAACACAACGACAACAACAACAACAGCACACCCAUCUACCACACAAUCGCAGCAUUAGCAUCAGCAUCGGCAUACAGCACAGGAACCUCCUCUGCGCUUUGGCUUGAUAACAUCGGCGGCGCUAACAUUGUCACCUCGGUUUAUUUGCUUGCGGAACGCCGCGUCUCCGCACUUCACCACCGAACGUCACGUACGCGUGUACCCUCUCACCUAUGCGCCACUCGGACCUGAUAGUCACCGUGUGUUAAAGUGUGUUGUUGGUUUUGUGUUUGUGCAUGAGUAUGUACUUAAGCUCGUAAACGGAUUUAAGAAACUCACAAAAGGGGAAAGUGGCUAGCGAGUGAGAAGAAACCGUAACGUAACGAGAAGACGUUGCGCAAGAGACAUUAAAUUAAUUGGGGCUUUUGUGUGAAAAUGGGUGAUUAUCAUCAUGAAUAUACGGACCAAUAUAGGGUGCCGGUCAUCGCGAAGCUUUUGCAUGCAUUGCCGCACUACAACAUCACUUUCCACAAAAUCAACAGCACAUUUCGCCCGAAUGACGAAAUCUAUUUGGAGAGUUUGGGUAUAUUGGGUUCCGUGCCGGCCGCGCUGCUCAUCAUAUCCCUACUUGGACUGCUGCUCUACUUAAUGACACGAUGUUGUGACAGAAAACCACGACCAGCACAUUCCAUUACAAGUUUGAAAGUUGCCCUCUCCAUUGUAACGGUAAUGUGCUGUGCGGCGAUAGGACUCGGCUUAUAUGGCAACGAUGAUCUCCACAAUGGACUGCUAGAAGUGCUGACUGCCGGGCGCAAAGUUGAUAAUUUGGUUACCACCAUACGAAAUCAGACUCACAUACUAGAGAAUACUUUAAAGAAUCGCAUUCGGCCUCAACUGGUUGAGUUGGCCGACAUUUUUGACCAACCCGUCGCCAACCAGACCGCGCUCUCCAUACUCUUCGUAUCACUGAACAUUGUGCAAGGCAAUGUGACGCUGGCCACUAAUGCGGCUGGCGACAUACGUCGACCAUUGUUGGGUAUUUCUAUGACACAGUUUUUGUCGCGUGGCGAUCAGUGGGAACUCAUACGCUGGCCGGGUACUGUUGCUACUUUAGCGCUGCUAUUAGUACUUUGUGCCGUCUUAUUGGUGGGCGUGGCGCGUCAUUCACGUUGUGCACUCAUCUUAUUCAGCGUUUGUGGCCUACUUGCGGUUACCGGUUCUUGGCUAAUGUCUGGUCUCUACCUGUCAUCAUCCGUUGCAGUAGGUGAUCUCUGUAUUAAUCCGGCUGAUUUCCUAGUCUCCACUUCGCCACGUGAUCUUCCGACUAAUGUUCUGCUCCAUUAUACGCAAUGUGAACCCGGUCACACUAAUCCAUUCACACAACGUUUGCGUGAGUCGCAAAAUUCGCUCAAUAAUGCACGCAGCGCCAUGGCUACGGUUAUGAAGAUAUCAUUGGUGCUCUUCAAGUCGUCCGGAUUGCAACCGAAAUUGGGCGCAGUUAAUGCGGAUUUAAAUAGCAGUGAGCGCUUGCUUACCCAACUCACAGCUUUGGUGGAUUGUAAGGCUGUGCAUCACAACUUCUUGGCCGCUGCCAGAGGACUCUGCGAAGGUGGACUGCUCGGUCUGGUAUUGAUGUUGAUUGCGAGCUUUAUUGCUGCGAUCCUCCUGACAAUUAUGGUUUGGGUUGACUCACAUACCUGGAUCUAUAUACGUAAGCGUAAUGACUAUGCACAGGUCGAUGAACCGUCGUAUAUUUCACAUCCGGCACCACAGAAUCAUCAACAAAUGAUGAAUGCGGCACGUACAUUGCCGCGCAACCACAACGGGCACUUCAGUCCGCCGGUAAUCAGUGGCUCGCACACCUUGCAGCAUCCGUCUAAGCGACAGCAGCACGAGAUGAUGGCGCAUGCGCACAUGCAGCAGAACAUGAGGGCUAUGGGCACGCAUACGCUGGGUCGUUUGCCGUCGCACAAUCAUAGCCCUACCCACUUGACUGGUCCCAAUAACGCCUGUAGCGAUCCAGCACGAAGUCAACCGGCACUCCAGCAGCAACAACAAGCGGCACAGCAACAACUCGCCCAGCAGCAAGCUCAACAAUUGGCCGGCCAACCGAUCUAUUGUCACCAUCCGCAUCCACAUUCGCAUGCCGCUGUCGCUGCCGCGGUACAACACCAACAUGCGAUCUAUCAUCAACAGCAACAACAGGCAGCUCAACAAUAUGGCACCUAUGCCACAGCAGCUCAUCCAGCACAUCACAUGACAGCUGCUCAACAAGGCCAAAUCUAUCAACAGAUACCGGCACACAUUGCCGCCCUGCAGCCGAAUGGCAAUCCGCAUUCGAUUUAUCAGCCUCUGGUAGCUGUUAGCCAGGGCUCAAUUUAUGUCUCGAAUAUGGCAACGAUGCGUCGUCAGAAUUCGCAGGGUCAAGGUCACCCACAAAUACCCGCACAUCAUGUACCGCCACAUCAGCAACAGCAGCCACCACCACCAAAUCAACCGCAACAACAGUCACACAAUCAAAUGAAGUCGCCACAGGAUGGUUUGCAUCAUCGUGAUAUACCUGCCACAUCGGGUAUGGAUACGGCAAUCUAUGAUCGUGAUAAACAGAUCUACAAGUGUUCGACACUGCGUCAAGGUGGCAAAUUCGAUCCCAAGUAUAAACCUUCGAUCUUGAAUUGCCCAUUGCCAGAGAUACCGAAGGACGCAGAGCCACCCAGGGUUGAGUCAAUUUAUCAACAGCAACAGAGCUACUCAAAGACGCUGCAACGGCCACCCAUGAAGUUGCCACCACAGAUGAAAGCCAUACCACCGCCACGAAUUGGCACACCCACCUCGCCGCCGCCACCGAACGCCAGUGCGCACACUGACCACCCACAACAUGCGGCCGCACAGCAACAGCAACAGCAACAACAACAGCUGCAUCAACAGCAGCAGCAACAACAACAGCAAAUGCAAAAUGGUGCAGCGACAACAGUGGAUAAUCGACAGGCGAACGACGAUUCGUCAUUACCCCUGCCACCGCCACCACUCGAGGCCACAACGGAUGUGGGUAAUGUCGGUGUGAGUGGUGGUGUUGGUGGCGGUGGCGGUGGCAUCGGUUCACCACCCAAGCCUGGUCAUGGUUUGAAUAAUAACAACAAUAACAACAACAUCAACUCGAAAAGUAACAACAGCAAUUGCCAACCAAACAACAGCAACAACGGCAGCAGCAAUGGCAGUAGCAACAACAGCAGCAACGGUGGCAACAAUGCCGGCAGCAACAAUAGUAACGGCGGCGCCAAUACAUUGCCGCUACACAAUGGCAGUUCGGCGAAUAAUAUGGAUGAUGACGACGACUUGCCGCCACCACCGCCGCCCGCCAUCACCGACGACUCCAACUAUGCCGUGACGGAACUGUAAGAGGCAACGACCUAAAAACAUAUGAACAAAACAAAAAAAAAAAAAAACAAAGAAAAUGAAAACACAAACAAAAAAAAAACAAAAAAACAAUUUCUUUGAAAUAGUUUAAGUGAGACUUUUGACUUCAAGACUAAUUGGUCGUAUGUGGGGGACGUCGGAAAGCAAUAAGUAUGCCACUCGUAGUUUCGCGCGCGGGUAGCGGUGCGGUGUGACGCUUACACACGCACACACACACAUGCACACUGCCGCUGUGUUGUGUCGUUGUUUCAUAGUUCGUGUAGUUGUAGAUUUUAAGAUUCCAGUUAAUGUUGUUGUUACGAAUCUGGGUAAUAGAAAGGAUAAUGCUUAGACCUAAAUACAUACAUACAUACAAACAUACAUUGAAAUACAUGCAAAAAUAACAAAAGAUGAGUAAUACUUAAUUCGAGUAGCUAAGCGCGCAUACAUACAUAUAUACUAUAGUAAGCAUACAUACAUACAUACAUGUAUGCAUAUACAUAUGUGUGUGUGUGUCGUAUUACACAGUAAGCAAAUAAGUAAAUAAAUAAAAAGAAUAUGUAACUGAAUAGUUGAAAGGAAUUAAUGAGAUUUAAUGGUGCAUUUAAAUUUAAAUUUAUUACAAGUAUACAAGGACGCGACGCAAUGUAAACUAUUGCCGAAGCGCAAUUCGUGGAAUUUAGCGAAAAAAUUGAAACGAAUAUUUGAUUGUGUUCAGCAAUGCUACAGGCUAAAUGAAAAUGGCGAGAAAUUGAGAUAAUAUUCGUCAGUAGGUGAGAAGUGCUAAAAUUAAUUAUGUGUAAGUAAACGGAAGCAACGGUCUAGAGAUGAGCACUUUAGUGUGGGCUUAGCGGAUCUGAAGGCGAAGCUAGAUAUUUUUUACAUAAGCAUAUUAUUGUUUAUAUGUCUAUAUUUUUUAUUUAUUAAAACAUUUUGUUUUUUUA